CCCAACUAAAGAAACAAUCCAUCAAAGCUCACGUUAGCCCAACUAGAGCCCAACUAUUCGUGGGAAGGUGAAACGACGCCGUGUAUCUCGAGACUGAAUUAACUGCGUCUCCGGCUCUCCGCUCCUUUUCCUCGUCAGUCGUCGGUACUCUUCGAGACUCGAGACACUGAGGGGCUGUUUGGUUCCCAGCCACACUUUACCAUUACUUGCCAACAAAAGUUCCCACAUCUUGUCUAAGGUGAGGUGAUCAAAUUGUUAGCCACAACUUACUAAGCCUAAGGGAAUCUUGCCACACUUUUUUGAGCCAUUGACACGUGGGACCCAAUUUGUUGGAGGAGAAUCUUGCCACAACUGUGGCUACAACCAAACACCUGUCAAAUUUGCCUAACCUUAGGCGUGGCAAACUGUGGCAAAGUGUGGCUUGCAACCAAACACACCCUGAAUCGCUGCUCUUGCUCGAUCCUUCUUUUCGCUCAAUCGCUGCUCUACUCAGAUCAAGAUCAAGAUCAAGCACCGCGCCCGCGCGGCCGACGACACGCUGCGUGUAGGCCACGGCGAGCGGCAACAGCAUGCAUUCGCGUACGCUCGACUUCCAGUCUUCCACCAGUUGCAACUUGCAAGGUUUGUUUUCUACCAUUAGUCCAGAAUUCAGAUUAUUGGAUUAGGACAUUAGUUCAUUCAAUAUUCUUUAGUGCUGUCAGAGUAGGAGCAUCAAAACAUUUUAAUUUAUUCAAUCAUUUUUUAGUUGUCCACAUUCUGUAUCGCUGCUUACUGAUUGGUGCUUGCACUAGAAUAACUGGUUGGCAGUGAGCUAAGUGGUUAGCUAACUGAUUGACAUGGGAAUUUAUGGAAAAGUAUUACAAGAGAAAAUCUCCAUCACAUGGAGAAGAUGUUGCCCCAUCGCAGCCAUCACACAGACAUAAUGCUGCUACAUUUAAUAGAAGAGAUGUUCCUGAAGAUAUCAAUUGGGAAGUGGAGAUUCAAUUUGAUCCUGGCAAAAGGAAAAGAAUUGAGGAUUAUCAUCCCAAUCAAAAGGAGAUGGUAAGAAGAAAAUACUUGGACAAUGGGCCUUGUCAACCUCGUCCGGAUGAUCUCCCUGUUACAAAUAUUGGUGGUAGAGAUAGAAAAUUUAAUCCUGAAUGGUAUGAUGAGUUUGGCAGUUGGCUUGAGUAUAGUGAGUCCAAAGAUAAAGUUUAUUGCUUUUAUUGCUUUUUGUUCAGAGACCCUAAUAAGAAAUCAGCAGGGUAUGAUGCAUUUGUUACAAGUGGGUGGUCUAGUUGGAACAAAAAACACAGAUUGAAGGAACAUGUUGGUGAUAUUGAUAGUGUUCAUAACCAAGCAAUGAGGGAUUGUGAUGCUUUACUGAAAAAAGAGCAGCACAUUGAUGUUUCUUUGAACAACCAAAGUAAUGCUGAGAAAAUUGCUUAUUAUACUCGGUUAAAUGGCUCAAUUGAUGUUACUAGAAUCUUACUGAAGCUAGGUAUGCCUUUUCGGGGCCAUGAUGAGAGUGAGGAGUCUCUCAAUAAAGGAAAUUUCAAGGAAUUUCAUGCUUAUACCGCAGAGCAAAAUCCAGCUUUACACAAGGUUGCAGGUAAAAAUGCUCCUGGUAACAGUCAGUAUACAUCUUCAAAGAUUCAAAAUGACAUCAUACGUUGCUUUGCAAAAGAGGUACUGCGUUAUAUUCUUGAAGAAGUUGGGAAUGAUGUUUUCUGCUUGCUGGUUGAUGAGUCAAGGGAUGUGUCUUACAAGGAACAAAUGGCAGUGGUCUUGCGUUAUGUUGGUAAAUGUGGCAGUGUUAAAGAGAGACUAGUUGGCCUUGUUCAUGUUAAAGAGACGACAUCUAUGUACCUUAAGUCUGCCAUUGAUGAUUUAUUUGCGGAGCAUAAGCUAAGUUUGAAACAAGUGAGAGGACAAGGAUACGAUGGUGCUAGCAACAUGAGAGGUGAGUUCAAUGGUUUGCAAUCACUAAUUAUGAGAGAAAAUAGCUCGGCAUAUUAUAUUCACUGCUUUGCACACCAGCUUCAGCUAGUAGUUGUGGCCAUUGUAAAGAAACAUAAAGGAAUCGGAAACUUUUUUGAUAUGAUUUCUCUUUUAUUAAAUGUGGUUGGUGGAUCUUCCAAGAGAAGGGAUAUGAUUCGAGAUAUAAAUGCAGAACAUGUGCAUGAUGCUUUAGAAUGUGGGUUACUUAUAACUGGUUCAGGAUUGAAUCAGGAAAUAUCCCUUCAAAGGCCUGGAGAUACUCGUUGGAGCUCUCACUAUAAGACACUGAAGAGUUUGGUUCAAUUGUUCCCUACAACUGUUAAAGUUCUAGAGUAUGUGGAAGAGAAUGACAGGGAUGACAAAAAUAGUAGGCAAGCAGCUGGCCUCCUUGUUUAUUUUCAGUUAUUUCAGUUUGUGUUUUAUUUGCAGCUUAUGUUGAAUAUCUUGGCAAUCACAAACACCUUUUCCGUAACUUUACAAAGAAAGGAUCAAGACAUUGUCAAUGCUGUUAAUUGUGUAAAAUCAACUAGAAAUCACUUGGAUGAGUUUAGGAGGAGUGGUUGGGAAUCUAUUUUAGCUGAGGUGCAUAACUUUUGUGAGAAGUAUGACAUUUCAGAAUUGGAGAUGGAGGAUGCAUACAUAAAUCCAAAGAGGCCACGCCAAAAAACUGGGAUUACAAACAAGCAUCAUUUUGAAGUUGAUUGUUUUAACGAAAUUGUUGAUUGGUUGCUUCAAGAAUUGGACAAUCGCUUUAAUGAGAAAACAUCUCAGUUACUCAUAUGUGCAGCUGCCUUAAGUCCUAGGCAAUCAUUUCAUGAUUUCAAUUUAGAGCAUUUGAUGAGUUUAGCAAAACUUUAUCCAAAGGAUUUUGAUGAUGGGGAACUAAUGGAUCUUAGACAUCAUCUUUCUCUUUAUAUCGCUGAUGUGCGUGGAGAUGAUAGAUUCGCUAACAUUGAAACUAUAUGUCAGCUUUCCCAAAAAAUGGUGGACACAAGAAAACAUAUUUGCUAUCCAUUGGUUUACCGGCUUUUAAAGCUAGCAUUGGUUUUGCCUGUUGCCACUGCUACAGUUGAAAGAUGUUUUUCAGCCAUGAAAAUUGUGAAGACGUAUUUGCGCAAUCGCAUUAGUGAUGAACACUUGAGUGAUUGUGUUAUUUGCUAUGUUGAGAAACAAGAAUUGAUGAAAGUUACCAACAGUGCAGUAAUUCACCGAUUUGAGACCUUAAAGGCACGUUUACAUGAUGUUUUUACUAAGUGAUCUCUUCUCUUUUCUAGGCAAAACAAUAUGUGGUUUUGGAGGUUUUUAUCCUUUUUUGCUCGU